AUGCCGAAGACGACAACGGGCUCUAUCCGGACCAGCACGACUUCUCCCGACAGCCCGCAGCAGGAAGACGUCCGAACUUGCAAGCAUGAUCUAUCAGGCAGGUUGUACCGCAAGGCUCGGCAUUUCCAGGAUGACUAUGUGGCCACUGCAGGACUGAUGUUGGUGGAUGCUUUUCUGCAUCCCUCAAACCACUUCGCAUACGUCUUGUUCAGUCGCCAGAGGGGCGAAGCGAAUGGUCCAGGUUUUGUGACGGGUCAGGAGCAGCUCCGCUUCGCCCGGAGAGUGGCUUUUAACUGCUAUUGGGUCUCACCUGAGAACCCCUCGCAGCUGCUGCACAUGGCAUCAGAUUCGAGCUGGCAAAACAGGACGUACAAGGGUCAGAAGGAUGACCUCUACCAGUUAAUCACGGCGAAGUGCGAUGCUGGUAAAGUUGCUGCUGGUAUGCUGCACGAACCUCUGCUGAUGAACAUCACGGCCACAGCUGCGGGCAAGAUUCUGGCACGUUGGGAGAAUGUUAUGGUAUGUCACGAGCCCCUUUCCCCGACCCCUGUCCGCUCCAUCGUCUGCACCGCAACCCUGCGGAUAGGGACGAAUCCGAACUCUGGAGCCGUGUACGAACCGAAGAGCAUGGACCCGUACAUCAAGAAUUGGGUGGAAUAUAGCCUUCGAAUCGGCUUCGACAUGGUCUUGAUGUAUUUCGAGGACCAAGACCUAUCCCCGAUGGAGGACAUGCUUCGGCCCUAUAUCGACUCCCACAAGCUGGUACUGGUCAGGUCUUAUUUCCACGGCAUCACUGGUAUUGGUUGGAGCCCAUUGCUGCUUUUGCAGGAGAACCACUGCCUUUGGAGGUCCAAGGGACUGGCAAGAUACGUCGCACACAAUGAUGUCGAUGAGUGGGUGGACUUAAGCGCAAACUUCUCGAGUAUCAACGACUACAUGGAUGCAAGACUGGGAAACAGCAACUAUGCUGCAGUAUCCAUCCCGGAACGUCGCUGGCAACUUCCGGGUCUUCACGGCUCAAGAGGCGGAUACGACUUCGACAUAUACCCGUGCGAUGAGAUCUGUAUGACUGGCCCUAGUAACAAGAACAAGUUGCUGAUGCACACGGAGCGCGUGAACGGGUACCAAGUGCAUGUGAUCCAGGUACCACUGCAGGAUUCUUCGAAUACCUUAACACCACCACCCAGUGAGAUUCGAUUGGUGCAUUUUCGGUUGGUCCACCUUUUAAAGCCUGAUAAUACACCAGUUUGCCCAGAGGGCUUCGUGGGCCCUCAAAUCAACUCCAGUUUUGCCACAUUCGUGAAGGAGAGGUGCCCAAGCAUCUUACCGCAACUGCCCAACUACACCGAGCUACCACCGUUUUGGCGCCGCCGGCGAGCACCGCGCAUGCUCCUGGGCCAGCACUCCCUGCAAAGAGCUCCAAACUACGCCGAGCUCCCCGACGACCCCGAGCACUUCGACCAGCUCUCCUCAGAAAGGCAAGGGCAAGGAGCCCUGGCCAGCCAGCGGUCCCAAAACUUCGAGGACCGUGACGGGGAAGCAAAGUCGCAGCCGUUCGGGACACGGCGCAUCCGCUGGAGAACGAUCUCCGACCAUUCGGGCACGGUCUUCGAUGGCCUGGACAGCAUGUUGCAGACGCUUGAUUUCUCCAUUCCGCUCUCCGAAGAAGAGCCUUUGAUUUGCUCGACAGUCUCUAGCGACACACUGCAAGUUCUUCGACAGGACACCGGAUUCGUCUUCUUUGCAAGGACGACGGCCUGGCCCACGGACGUCGACUUCCGUCAGGUGGCGAAGCACGAGGGGCCCACCGAGGAGCUGCGCGAUGUGGAGCAGUGCAUUCGCCAGGUCGCUUCGGUACCCCGCAGUGAGGCUCGACUGAAGCUCCUCCGACUUUCCAGAUCUCUCGACGCUUUGUCGGGAAUCUUCGGGCACCUCGAUGUGCUGCAGACAGCCUGCGACGAGCUGAUGAAGUCUGAGAAGUUGCAAGUGCUGCUGCAGGAGGCCUUGCGCAUCGGCAACUACAUCAACGGAGAUUCAGGAGCCGGGUUCGUGCUGGAUGCCUUCAUCCAGCUGCGCAGCCUGAAAGGCGUGGGUGGUGCCACGCCACUCCACUGUCUUUGCGCCGGCUGUGCUGAGGAGGAUCCUGCCUUUGCUGCUACACUGCACACGGAGUUGGCCAGCCUGCGAGAUGCUGCGAACAUGUCGCUGGGCUCUUUGCACGAGACCCUCCAAAGGAUCCGGGAAGACGUGCAAAGCGCCGCCGACGAACUGGUGACGCACAGCGCUCACUAUGACAGCAGCCCGGCCCUCGUAGAGCUGGAGGAGAGUCCUCUUGCGCCUAUCCAGCCGUUGGGGUGCAACAGAGCAGGGCAUCCACCCUUCGGCAUUCCGCCACUGCAUCUGCAGAUGAUCCGGGCAGAGCCGCUGUCGGUGACCUUCGAGCAAAGCGGCGAAGAGGGCUCCAGCCCCUCAGAGGGCCGCAGCCUCUCGCCGGAGCCGAGCCCAGGGUCUCCCCGCCGACGGCCGCAUUCAGUGACGGGAGCACCUUCUUUGCGGACACCCCGCACGCCUCCCAUGGCACCACGUGCAAUGCGGACUCCUUCGCCUCGACGACCGCGGCCUUCGCCGCAGUCCUCCCCUGCGAUGUCGCCAGAGACUCUGAGUGAGGAGUCUCCUAUGGUGUUGACCUCCUUACAACAAGCGCUGCCGUUAAGGUUUACGCCACCAGUGCGUCCAGCAGCCGCCAAUGCUGACUCCAAUCGGCCUUGCAUGCCAAUGCUGCAGCUCCCGCAGGCACAUGUCGGCGUCGACCAUCGCCAAGACGGGUUGUGCACGCCACGCGGAACAGCUCGGAAACCGGGCGGCUCCAUGAUACGGGAGGCACCUCCCGGGCCAUCCCCAAGAGCUUCCCCACGCACCACGGCAGGCUCGCCCUUGACCGCCCGAGCGGCCCGCCUGUUCGGAGAGGAUACGACGCGCCUCUACCUGGAAGGAUGGCCGGUGCCGACACCACGCUUCCCUGCGCCGCCGACCGCCCGGAGCGAAGCACGCAGCUUCGCGCUCAAGUCGGCGCGCAGCCCGGCACCGUCGCCGCGCCCGGGUCUGGGCCCAGGGCCGACAGUACCAGCUGACAGCUGGAAGGUCUCCAGCCGACUCUUCAUCCGGAACAUUUCGGUGAAGCAUACGAAGGAUGCAUCGAGCUUGACACACAAUCUAACGGAGCAGCUAGGUGGUAGCGCCGUGAACGGAACCUGCGGCUAUGCGACGCCGACGUGGAAGUUCCCCGGAUGUGAGAACGCUGCCGCGAAGGUGGCCGAAGGACCCAUGCGGAAUGUCACCCGCCCACAUCUGCAGGGUUACUUGAUACUCUACAAGGAGCCCUACUCCAUUUAUCAAGCCCCGGUUCAGUAUGCAUCGCUCAAAGGAGCUGGCAUAGAGCACUGGAAACGGGUGCGAUUUCUGACGACGGAAGCCGGCAAGCUCCGGCUACAUCCGCAGCUCUAUGCCGACGGUCAGGGCCUUCCCAGCAAGGCGCGCACGGCGGUGAAGCAGGUCCGAUCGAACGCAGCCGCACUGUUCACGGGCGUGGCCAACGCGGCGUCAAAGAUGGCGCAGUCACUGCGCGAGCAAUUCGACCGGGGACGACGCCCUGUCGGCGCUGGCCCUGUCGUAGUGAGCAGAGCACGAGAUCUUCAUGACGAACAAGCAACUUCAUCGAACCGCUUGGGAACAGCUCCCCCUGGGGACCUCACUCGGCUGCUGUUGAACGGGUACACGGGCCGCUGCGGGCCGGACAGCAAAUGCGCCCAUGCGGGCCGCAAAAGCAAGGCCAACUACGAGGAACAAAGGAAGAAGAAGCGAGGCUCUCGAGAACAGAAACAUGUGUAA